AUGUCCGAUAGCGACAUUUACGAAGAUAAGAUGGCCCCGAAAGCCGAAAGUAUUAAGGCUGGCCUAGAUACCGAUAGCAACCCCGCCGAGGGAGAAGUCGAAAACCCCAAUGGUCUUCAACGAAGACUUGAGAAUCGACAGAUCCAGCUCAUAGCUAUUGGCGGCUCCAUUGGUACAGCCCUUUUUGUUACAAUCGGAAAUGGAUUAGCAGCCGGUGGUCCUGCCAGCCUGUUCCUGGCGUAUACUUUCUACUGCGUUGUACUGGCCUGUGUCAAUAAUUGCAUCGCUGAGAUGACUACGCUACAUCCCGUUCCUGGAGGCUUUAUUCGACUCGCUGGAAAGUGGGUUGAUGAUGCGCUGGGUUUCAUGGUUGGAUGGAAUUUCUUCAUUUAUGAAGCCCUCAUGAUUCCAUUCGAAAUCACCGCCAUCAAUUUGAUUUUAAGCUACUGGAGAGAUGACAUUCCUGUUGCUGCAGUGUGUGCAGCCUGUAUUGUUCUCUAUGGUCUUAUCAAUGCCCUUGCAGUCUCUGCCUUUGGCGAAGCUGAAUUUUGGUUAUCAUCUGGCAAGGUCAUUCUGAUCUUCAUUCUAUUCUUUUUCACCUUCAUCACAAUGGUUGGCGGAAAUCCUCAACACGACGCAUACGGGUUUCGUUACUGGAAUAACCCCAGUGCAUUUGCCCCGUAUCGUGCUGCUGGAAAUCUAGGUCGAUUUGAAGGGCUCCUAUCCGCUCUAUGGUCUGCUGCUUUCUGCAUCGUCGGCCCUGAGUAUAUCUCGAUGACCUCGGCAGAGGCCAAGCGUCCUCGUGUCUAUAUCAAAUCAGCCUUCAAGACGAUCUAUUGGCGAUUCAUUCUGUUUUUCGUCCUUAGCUCCAUAUGCGUUGGUAUUGUUGUUCCAUGGAAUGACCCUACCAUUCAGGCCAUUUUGAAUGGAAACAGUAACACGAAGGGAGCUGGCGCUUCGCCUUACAUCAUUGCCAUGACAAACUUGAAAAUCACUAUUCUUCCUCACAUUGUCAAUGCCCUUCUCGUGACAUCUGUCUUUUCUGCGGGAAACACCCUGACAUACUGUGCCUCUCGAUCACUCUACGGUCUUGCUCUUGAGGGCCGCGCACCAAAAGUCCUUACAAAGACCAUGCGAGGAAUUCCUGUCUACUGCCUUGCCGUGGUGAUGUGUUUCCCUUUUCUGUCAUUCCUGCAGAUGUCGAGCAGCACAUCCCAAGUCAUCACCUGGCUGGUUGACCUCGUCACAGCCGGUGCUCUAAUCGACUUUUUGGUCAUCUGCAUAACUUAUCUCCGGUUCCACGCGGCUUGCAAACGACAAAACUUCGAUCGAAGUAAUUUCCCUUACGUCGGAUACUUCCAGCCGUAUUGUGCAUGGGUCGGAAUUGUUGUUAUGACCAUUGUUCUUUUUUCCUACGGAUACUCGGCAUUUGAUCCAUGGAGUGUUCAGGGUUUCUUCCAGAAUUAUACCAUGCAGCUUGUCGCUCCUAUUCUGUACUUCGGAUGGAAGCUUGCUCAUAGAACCAAGAUUGUGAAGCUUGAAGAUUUGGACUUGAUUUGGGAUCGUCCUCUCAUCGAUGCUUACGAGGCUUCUUUAACAGAUGAGCCUACUACAUUCUGGGGAGAGGUUCUGCACAUGUUUCGCUUCAAAGUUAAACAAUCAUCUAAUUCCACAGAAGCUGACGAAAGCCAAGGGGUUGUUGAGAAAUGA